GGAAUUUCCGAUCUCCGGAAUCACAUCUCCCUCACCAACUCAUCACACUGUUGUGGCCAUCCACCUAGAAGUGCUGGACUACUCCGUAUGAGCAAUUGUGGGAUUCGGGGCCCUGGCCGAGCUUCCUCCCCAAAACUUUUUUGAACGGGUUUCCAUGAACCUCCGGCUACUGCACCCAGCAAUACAUCGAGAUUGACUAACCAAGCAUUAAACACUAUUCACUCUUGUGCCUCUCAUCCCAGUCGUAACUCUCAAAACGCACAACAGCAGCCUCCCUGCGAUCUUCUACUUCUCCCAUCACCGUUUCUUUCCUCAACUUCAAAAUGCUGGGUCGGGUGGCACCUGCGCUCAGGUGUACAGGUGCAAACCAACAUCUAACGUCGUCAGUCAAGCUGCUUUCGUCACAUGCAACGGUGCGGAGUAGCUACAACUACGCUUCUUCCCUACGCCUUUUCUCUUCCCUUCCUCACGCUCGACCAAGACCAACCUCCUUUACUCAUUCGUCCUCGAUUCUUCCUUGUCGUUACUUCAGCUCCACCUCCAACAUGGCUAAAUCUACAAGAACCGAGACCGAUGCCUUUGGGCCCCUCCAAGUCGAGUCCGAUAAAUAUUGGGGAGCUCAGACACAGAGGUCCCUGGGCAACUUCAACAUCAAUCAACCUCAAGACCGCAUGCCCGAUGGCGUCGUCAGAGCUUUCGGUAUCCUCAAAGGUGCCGCUGCAAAGGUCAAUAUGAGAUAUGGGCUCGACCCCAAGAUCGGUGAGGCCAUUCAACAAGCUGCCGCCGAAGUCGCAUCCCUCAAAUUGAUCGAUCACUUCCCUUUGGUCGUCUGGCAGACCGGUUCUGGGACGCAGUCCAACAUGAAUGCCAACGAAGUCAUUUCCAACCGCGCCAUUGAAAUCCUUGGAGGAGAAAUGGGAAGCAAGAAGCCAGUCCACCCCAACGAUCACGUCAACAUGUCUGCGAGCUCCAACGACUCCUUUCCCACCGUCAUGCACAUUGCCGCCGUCCUCGAUAUCGAGCAGAAGCUCAUCCCUUCCCUGACCAGGCUGCGAGAUGCCCUUGACAAGAAGAGAGAAGCCUUUGACAAGAUCAUCAAGAUUGGCAGAACCCAUUUACAAGAUGCCACUCCCUUGACCCUCGGCCAGGAGUUCAGCGGAUAUGUCGCCCAGCUCGACCGGAAUCUGGAAAGGAUCCAAUUCGUCCUACCACAUCUGAGACAAUUGGCUCAGGGCGGUACCGCCGUCGGCACUGGGCUCAACACCUUCAAGGGUUUCGCAGAGGGAAUUGCGGAAGAGGUCUCCAAGUUGACUGGCACACAAUUCGUCACUGCCCCUAACAAGUUUGAGGUGCUCGCGGCCCAUGACAGCAUCAUCGAGGCAUCAGGCACUCUUAAUACUCUCGCCUGUAGUUUGUUCAAGAUCGCCCAGGAUAUCAGAUACCUAGGAUCUGGCCCUCGCUGUGGUCUCGGUGAACUAAUUCUCCCAGAGAAUGAGCCUGGCAGCAGUAUCAUGCCUGGAAAGGUCAAUCCAACUCAAUGUGAAGCCCUGACCAUGGUCGCCGCUCAGGUUAUUGGAAACCACACUGCUGCCACUGUCGGUGGUCUCAACGGUCAAUUCGAACUCAACGUCUUUAAACCCCUGAUCAUCCGCAACCUUCUCCACAGCAUCCGUAUCCUCUCCGAUAGCAUGGACGGAUUCGUCGAGCAUUUGGUCGACGGCUUGCAGGCGGAUGAGAAGAGGAUCGGCCAGUUGUUGCAUGAAAGUCUCAUGCUUGUGACUUGCUUGAACCCAGUUAUUGGUUACGACAUGGCCUCAAAGGUGGCCAAGAACGCACAUAAAAAGGGCCUGACGCUCAAACAGUCAGCCAUGGAGCUCAAGGCCCUGUCGGAGGCUGACUUUGACAAGUAUGUCAGACCUGAGCUGAUGCUCGAGCCGAAGGAGAAGAAAUAGAUUACGAGAGCAGCCGUUCGCUCCCUUUUUUUAGACUCGAACGUGACGAUCAGGUCAAGGCUCUUGCCUAGUAUUCUCACAGCACUCUUACAUGUACAUUUACUUGAAAAACUGAUGUGUAACAAUCUCGACACGAAUCUCGAAUCCUGUAGCCCUUUGAUCGACCAUCUAGUCGCUGAACACGUCGCUAGCGCUGUGACGUUGCAGAUUUGAAUAGACAGAUUCCAAUAUCUUCUAUUGAUAGGCUAAGACAUGUCACACAUCAACCCGUCACGGUGAAGAAAGGGCUAAAUGACAAGUGGUGAAACCAAACCAUUUAUUAAUACAUCAGACACGGACUAUGGGUAUAUAAAGACGGCAUGACAAUCAUAAAAGGGGUGGCCCUCGUCCUUCACCCUCCAUCGCCACCAGAGUUCUCUGGAUUAAGUAGUACUUGUCCGUCAAGAGCACAUCCAAAAC